UCUAAAUCCUUUUUUCUGCUGUGUAUGACAGAACCAGAGCCCACAUCACCACUGUCACCUACGUCAACCCCGUUGGCCCUUUCAAACGCCGGUAACCUGUCCUCGGGACUGGCUGGUGCUCAACAGCAGCUGCUACUACAUCUCCACCAGGAGUAUGCACUGGCACAACAUCCAGGACUCGUUCAUGGAGAUAGGAGGACACCUGGCCAUCGUACACACUGCUGAGGAACAGACGCUUCUGUUGGACCAGUUACCUCUGAGCCACUGGAAUGCAAACUGGUUUGGAAUCAAUGACGAGACAGCCGAGGCAGACUGGCUUUGGGUCGAUGGAACCAAACUGGUUCGUAGCUUUUGGGAGGAGGGUGAGCCCAACAACCACAUUGACGAAGACUGUGGCUACAUCGUGAAGACGCGCAAGCUGGAGCGCAAAGCGGUGACCAGCUGGUACGACGCCCCGUGCACCAUGUACUGGCCCUUCAUCUGUGAGAUAGAGAUGCAGACCUCUGUUCCUGCUACUUAGCAAUAAGCACUUACCAGGCCCAUGUUGGACCUAGAAAUACCUCCUCUUUGAGCUGGAAUUGUCAUUGUUCAAAAUGAUAGACCAGUGAUGACCAACCCUUCACCUGGGUACACUGGUUUUUGCUCUAACCCUGCACUAACUUAUCUGAAUCAGAUAAUCAAGAUUCAGAUGAGCAGCUGAUUAGUAGAAUAAGGUGUGUUAGAGCAGGGCAAGAGCAAAACCUUGCAAGCCCUGUAGCUCUUCAGGAGGAUGUUUGACCACCCCUGUACUACACUUUGGUAGACUUUUGCAGCAUUAUCAGGCCUGAAGGGGAACGCUCUACUUUACUAGUC